GGGCCGGAGCCGAGCUCACAGAGGCUAGCGGACAGAGGCGCGCCGCGGCGGCGCGGGGCAGAGGCUCUUCGGGCAGCGCGUCCCGAUGGCGAAGGCCGGCUACGUCAAGCCGGAGCCGACUGGCCUGGCCGCGGGGCUUAACAAGGGUUUCAUCACCACGCGCAGGACCCUGAAGGCCAAGCCGUCCUACCGCAUUGGCAGGAAGUCUCAGCGGGGCGCGCUGAUCAAGGAGGUGGUGCGCGAGGUGGCGGGCUUCGCGCCCUACGAGCGCCGCAUGAUCGAGCUGCUGAGGGUCGGCUCUGCGGCCACGCUGAAGCGGGCGCUCAAGGUCGCGAAGAAGCGCCUGGGCACGCACAAGCGCGGCAAGAAGAAGAGGGACGAGAUGGCGGAGGCGCUGGCGGCGCUCCGCAAGAAGGGCGCGUGAGCCCCGGGCCCUAGCCCCCCCCGCUCCUCGAUCCUCGGACCGGGCCCCCUCGCCGAGGGAGUCGUAACACGGCGGUAGACCCCCAGCCUGACGCUUUGGGGGGGCCCGCGUCCGAGUGGGGCAGGGCUGCGCCUCCUGCGCGCGGGCUUCUUGCACACCAUUCGAGGGCGCCCUGGCCGAGCAGCGUCGCGCCGCGAG